AAGAAGACACACAAAAGGAGAGCAGGUUAUUCUGUACACAAAGCAAUAUUUUCCAGAAAUCCUUGCAACCGAUAGUACUUUCAUUUCCUCCAUCCAUCAAUUCUCCGUUUACUAGAAAUUCUCUCCACUUCCGUAUCUUUCUUUCUCUUCUCUUGUGCAACAGUAAACUAAACCUUUUUUUUUUUAUUUUCUCUUUCUCGUACUCUGUAAUACACCGAUAAUAUUAAUAAUUAGGAUUAGUAGAAUAUAAUAAUAUUACUACUAGGAUAUACUUUUAGUUAAAAUGAAAUUAUAAGUACUACUUUGCUUAAUUGAUUCAUGCGCUUGCUGUGUGACUGAAAAAAGGGUUACUUUAUUUAUAUUCACCGCGCUCUGUGUAUUGAAAAGGAGAGGGAGACAAUAUUAUUACGUUUGUUAAUUAAUUAAAGAUGGAGAUAGAAAGAAAGAAAGAAGAAAAACGGGGAGAGAAAGAGAAGUUCAUGUUCGUGCGUGUGAAGUGAAGAAAGGAAAGGAUCUGAUAUUUCCUUUUCGCGUUGAAUUACGAAACACACUUUUUGGGGUCACACGCAGCGGAAGGAAACAAAGAUAAAAAAAAAAAAAAGUGAAGAAGGGUAGAGUAGUAGUACUAUUAUAGAGAAGGUGGAAAAAAAAAAAUAAAAUAGAAAGGAGAAAAUUAGAUCCCAGAUAGAUCCAUCCCCAAAGGAAAGAAAUAAAAAGGAAAGUAAAGUUAAAAAGUGGCUUAAAGCAAGUCUAUUCUAGUACCCUAUAUUACUUACUUUCUUCCAUUUUUCUUUUUCAUUGUUUUUUUGUGUUUGUUGUAAAAAGCUUGUUUUGAUUGUUUUUGCCUUUCUCUUACAAAAAUGUUAAUUUGUCUUCUAUAUUGAAAGAAAAAGUGUUCUUCUUAUCUUAUCUCACCUCUCCACAACACACUAAUUUCAUUUUCUCUCAUAAAGUCAAGUAAUAACUUAACUACCCCAGAAACAACACACAACCUUCAUCAUCUUCAAUUUUAAUAACUCAAAAUCAAAUUAAAUCAAUUAAUUCUUUGUAUUUGAAUCGAUAUCGAGUUGCAUAAUUCAACUCGUGAAAUGAGAGCUGGGUUAAGUACAAUCCAACAAACCCUAACGCCGGAGGCGGCUAGUGUUUUAAAUCAUUCAAUCGCCGAAGCCGGACGGCGAAACCACGGCCAAACAACGCCACUUCAUGUGGCGGCGACGCUUCUAGCGUCACCUUCAGGAUUUCUCCGGCAAGCGUGUAUAAAAUCUCAUCCGAAUUCAUCUCAUCCUCUUCAGUGUAGAGCUUUGGAAUUAUGUUUCAGCGUUGCGUUAGAACGGUUACCGACGUCGCAGAACACAGCUCCGUCGGCGAUGGAACCGCCGAUUUCGAAUGCUUUGAUGGCGGCACUAAAACGCGCUCAAGCUCACCAACGUCGCGGAUACCCUGAACAACAACAACAACCACUUCUCGCCGUGAAAGUUGAAUUGGAACAACUCAUCAUAUCGAUUCUCGAUGAUCCAAGUGUUAGUAGAGUGAUGAGAGAAGCUAGUUUUUCUAGUCCUGCGGUGAAAUCGACGAUUGAACAGUCUCUUAAUUCUAUUCCUCCUCCUUCUCCGGCUGUUAAUUCCAAUCCGAUUAUCGGAUUAGGAUUCCGGCCGGGGAUGGUUACACCGGGAGGAGCGCCGGCGAGGAAUUUGUAUAUGAAUCCGAGGUUGCAACAGGGGGGUGUAGGAGUUCAGUCGGGACAACAGAGGGGUGAGGAAGUAAAACGUGUUGUGGAUAUAUUGAUGAGGACGAAGAAGAGGAAUCCUGUAUUGGUUGGUGAAUCGGAGCCUGAAGUUGCUAUUAAAGAAGUGUUGAAGAAGAUUGAGAACAAGGAAUUAGGGGAGGGUGCUUUUAGCAAUGCGCACGUUAUUCAUUUAGAGAAGGAGAUUCCUUCAGAUAGAGCUCAGAUACCUGGAAGAAUUAAAGAGUUAGGGGAUUUGAUUGAGUCUCGGUUGGCGAAUUCGACCAGUGGUGCGGGUGGUGGUGGUGGGGGUGUGUUUAUCAAUUUGGGUGAUUUGAAAUGGCUGGUAGAACAGCCUGUUGGGUUUGGUUUGGGUAACAUGCAGCAACCGGCACUUGCGGAGGCUGGCCGUGCUGCCGUGGCGGAGAUGGGAAGAUUGGUUGCCAAGUUUGGGGAGGAUGGUGGUGGCAGGCUUUGGUUGUUGGGUACUGCUACUUGUGAGACUUACUUGAGGUGUCAGGUUUAUCAUCCUUCCAUGGAAAAUGAUUGGGAUCUUCAAGCAGUUCCAAUUACCAACAGAGCACCUCUACCUGGAAUGUUUCCAAGGCUUGGGACCAAUGGAAUUCUCGGCAACACACUCGAGUCUUUGUCCCCAUUAAAGGCCCUGCAAACUACGGCAAUCACUCCACUGAGGCGUGCCUCAGAGAAUGUAGAUCCUACAUCAGCAUCAACUUGUUGCCCACAGUGUAUGAAGAACUGUGAGCAAGAAGUAGCGGAUGUGUUGAAAGAAACUGAGAAAUCUGAUAUUGAACACAAGUCAGAUGCCUCUCGAGCGCCCCUUCCACAAUGGUUGCAAAAUGCUAGAAGUAACAACGAUAAUGCUAAAGUAAUGGAUCAGGCCCAGAGCAAUAGCCAAGAAGGGAAUGAAAAGAAGAGGACUCAAGAAAUACAAAAGAAAUGGAAAGAUUCCUGCUUGAAUUUACAUCCUAAAUUUCAUCAGCAAAAUGUGAGCACUGAGAGGAUUGCUCCCACUCCUUUUUCAAUGGCUAACCUAUAUAAUGUGAAUUUGCUGGGGCGCCAAUUUCAACCCAAAGUACUUCCAAAUAAAAAUUUGGGAUGCUCUCUUCAAUUGAGCUCGAACUCAAUGCCUAUCCAGCAAUUGGAACCCACGGUGAGCCCACGACUAAGUUCAGUAACCACUGAGCUGGUUCUUGGACAAACCAAGCCAUCUGAUGCCAUUCCAGAAGAGACACAGAGAGAGCGUAUUAAUGACUUUUUGAGUUCCCUGUCUUCUGAGUCACAGGACAAGUUUGAUGAUUUACAUAGCAAAAAAUUACUGGAUGCUGACUCUUUCAAGAGGAUACUGAAAAGUCUGUCAGAUAAGGUGUGGUGGCAGCAGGAUGCAGCAUCUGCGGUGGCCACCACAGUGACUCAGUGCAAAUUAGGCAAUGGUAAAAGAAGGUCAAAGGGCGACACAUGGUUAUUGUUCACGGGUCCUGACAGAAUUGGCAAGAAGAAAAUGGCAGGGGCACUUUCUGAACUGGUAUCAGGAUCCAGUCCAGUAGUAAUCUCUCUUGCACAACGACGUGGGGAUGGAGACUCUGAUGUCCAUCACUUCCGUGGAAAAACAGUUCUUGAUCGUAUAGUAGAGACCAUUCGAAGGAACCCACAUUCUGUCAUCAUGCUUGAGGAUAUUGAUGAGGCCAACACCCUUCUUCGUGGGAACAUCAAACGAGCCAUGGAGCAAGGACGGUUCCCUGAUUCUCAUGGCCGCGAAAUCAGUCUUGGAAAUGUCAUGUUUAUCCUCACUUCAAAUUGGUUGCCAGAGGACCUCAGCUACCUGUCCAAUGGCACUUCACUAGACGAAGAAAAGCUUGCAAAUUCAGCAAGUGGAGGUUGGCAACUGCGGUUAUCAGUGACCAAGAAGGUAUCUAAGCGCAGACCCAGUUGGUUAUCCAAUGAAGACAGGUCUUUGAAGCCUAGAAAGGAAGUGAAUUCAGGUUUAUCAUUUGAUCUAAAUGAAGCCGCGGAUGGUGAUGAAGACAGGGCAGAUGGAUCACUCAAUUCCAGUGAUUUCACAGUGGACCAUGAAGACAACAAUCACAAUGGAAGGUCACCCUCAAAACCUCGCGAGCUUCUGGAUUCUGUGGAUGAUGCCAUUGUCUUCAAGCCAUUGAAUUUCGAUCUUAUCCGUCGCAAUUUCUCUGCAUCCAUUGCAAAAAGAUUCUCUGCUGUGGUUGGAAAUGGGAUCUCAAUUGAAGUACAAGAGGAGGCUCUUGACAAGAUCACAAGCGGAGUGUGGUUAGGCCAAACCACAAUAGAUGAAUGGAUGGAAAAGGUGUUGGUUCCUUCCUUCCAUCAGUUGAACAAGAACUUCAAUACAAGCACCUAUGAUGAUCACGAGUCUUCACUGCUGGUUAAGCUUGAAGAUGAUGGUUACUCCGAUCGCCGGAGCUCACAGGAGUGGCUACCUGCUUGUGUGAGACUCGCGGCAGAGUAGUGGUGAUAGUGUUAAGUAUGGAAUAUUGAAUAUUGAUUGUUAAUACACAAUGGACAUGAGUGGUAAUAUCCGUUUUUGUUGGUUAUAGAAAUGUAAAUAGAUCUCUUUGGAAGGACAAAGUCAAAAGCCCUUUGUAAAAUCGUGAAAAACCGUUAGAGGUGAAACAAGGGUCGGUAUGUGUCAUUUUUCCCCCUUAGAAAAAAUUAUUUAUUUUUUGUCUUAUAAGCUUUAUAAUGUUCUUUUUCCUCUGUAAGCAUAGAUAUAUUUAUUUAUCAAUUAAAAGGAGGGUGAUUAUCAAAUGUUAAUAACAUGGAGCAUUGAUUCCUGCUUUCUCCAUUCUUCAUUUUCUAUCA